CAUCACUAGUGCUGCGGGAGGCCUCCUGGAGGCCUCCAGUUGCUGUACCAGAUCGAACGAAGAUGAGACAAUCGACUCAUGUUCAAAUGUGAUAGGGAAGCGGAUAGGUUGCCGCUGAAUGACCAAACCGAACGGGCUCUUGAGGUGGUAUGUCUGUCUGCAACGAUCGUUCAAUGCGGCUUUCUCAUCGGGCGAUUCGGCAUCAUCAGAUCACGGCAACCCAGUAUAUUGAAGCAUCAAUCAUUAUCUGAUCUAUUCAACCUUUAAACAAACAAUGUCAGCUCCGCCGAGCCACAUCAACCGAAUCACAGUCCUCCCAGGAUCGACGAUCUUAAACCCCUCCAUAAUUCUAGUAACCUUGGGUGAUCCAGCAAAUGUACGGUGAGAAGGAUCACAUGCCCGCCACUGUGUAUAAACUUUAGUCCACUUCAGGUAUAGAAAGAGCUCAACAACCAUGCACCGGCAGAUCUCUGUCAUCUUUAUCCUCGGACCCCCUGGAGCGGGCAAAAGUACUCUAGGCGCACUUCUCACGGAGAACUUUCCCGUGCAACAUAUCUCGGUUGGCGACCUCCUACGGCGCAUCAUUAAGAAUGAUACUACCCAUCCCCAAGCAGGAGCCCUCGCAUCUAUGCUAAACAAGCAGGAACUCAUUGAUGCAAAGGUUCUGGUUCCUAUCCUAAGGAACGCGCUAGAAGAGUUAGAGUCGCGAGAGCAGGGGAGGAAAGUAAUGCUAGUGGAUGGAUUCCCGCGGAACUUGGCACAGCGGAGGGAGUUCGAAGAAGCGUUUGCAGAACCCAUACUCGUUCUCUUCUUCAAUUGUCCUAAAGAAAUCGCAAAGCAGCGGUAUCUUACGCGCAACUUGGAAGGGCGGGAGGCAGAUAACGAGGCAAUGUUCGAGAAAAGAUAUAAGGAGUAUGUGCAAGAGAAUGAGGAGAUCGCUCGUGAAUAUCGGGAGAGGGGACUCUUAGUGGAGGUUGAUACUGGUAAUGGAAUGGAGGAGUCGUGGGAGGAGCUCUUCACCAGACUAGGGAAGGACUCCAAAUGGACGGAUGUUAUUGGAAAGAGUGUUUAGAACCGGGCGGGGAUGAAGGUGGAUUGAGCUUAUAAACUAGAUCCUUGAUCAUAGGCAUCUUCUGACCCCCUUUUCAGUCAUGUAAUCAUGC